AUCGCGGCACGCUACAACAUGCCAAAGCUGUACCAGAAAGCCGUGGAAGUGACGGGCCAGGGCAUGCAGUACAUCCAGGUGGAAGACACUGGCUCGCGCUUCCAGGCCGAGGACCUUCGGCUGGACGUGCUGCAAGCGCACCUCUCCAUGGGGGUGAUGAGCUCCGACGGG